AUGCGUCGUGCUGUCACGGCAACACAACUGAUGGGUCUGCAUGAGCGGCGCCAUUACCGCUUCAAGGUCCUCAAUGAUGAUAACGGCCUUGAUCCUGUCAAUAUUUGGAACUGUAUUGUCUCUAUGGAAAAUAUCAUGUUUCUAGUACUGGGUCCGCCGUCGAGUACUGGCGGUACAACUUCAAACCCUGCGAUGGAGAAAGUAGCAGCUACAUCAUCAACGACCGCCCCUUCUCUGCGAAACCAAAGCAGUAACAUUUUGCCAACACUCAUCAUACAUGCAACAUCUAAGAUACUUAAACGGAACCAACUCUACAUACCGCAGCAAACAUUCGAUAUGACCCGAGAGAUAGAUCAAGAACUCAUCAAGAUGACCGAACAGCUACCGUCUUCAUCCUGGAGACCACCAUCACUUGCAGGGCUCGAGUUAGAUUCAGUGCAGGCAUUUUGGGAAGCCCGCAGAGCAUGGGACCACAUGUACUACUACACCAUUGUGAACCAGCUCCAUCUACCAUACACGUUAUGUAUGCGCCAUACCCCCCGCGUAAUCUACUCCAGCAUGGCCUGCGUCAAUGCUAGCCGCAAGAUACUCAUCCGACAGAUUGCCAUCCACUUUGUGGCCCUGAUUGCGGGAAUGACCUUGAUACUGGCACAUCUUGUAAGCCACAGUCAUGACGAGAACGACAAAUUCAAUAGCGAUAACGUUCUUGUACACCAGCGAUCGAGUGACCGUGUGACUUUGGAACAGGCCCUGGAAUGCAUGAAGUAA